UACUAAUUUUAUACAUCUUCCUCAGAAAUCAGAAGACUCAGAAUUCAGAAGUGCGAGUCCAAAAUACAGAUAGAGAAAGAAGAAAGAAGAGAUGGAGAGUGAAGCAGCUCCUUACAUAGGAAUGUUAAUGGCGGAAUUUUGCCAAGUUGGACUCAUGAUUAUCAGCAAACAAGCUAUGAAUACUGGUAUGACUACUUUCGUCUUCGUCUCCUACUCCAAUGCUAUUGCGUCCCUCAUCCUCCUUCCUUUCUCUCUCUUCCUUCACAGAUCAAAUCUUCCCCCGCUCAGUUUCUCUCUCCUCGGAUGGUUUUUUCUGCUAGCUCUUUCUGGGUGUUUGGCUCAGUUAUUUGGGUAUACUGGCAUCAAUUAUAGCUCUCCUACUCUUGGGGCGGCCAUGCUGAACCUUGUUCCCGGGCUUACAUUUUUGCUUGCAAUCAUCUUUAGGAUGGAAAUGCUAAACACAAGAAAUAUAACUUGUCUAGCAAAAUUGGUAGGAACCAUAGUCUCGAUUGCUGGAGCAUUUGUUGUGACUCUUUAUGAAGGUCCACCACUGCUGAAAAGGCUCGCAACUUUGCACACUCAUCAACUUAGUCUUCGUGGAGAUCAAAUGAACUGGAUUCUUGGUGGUUUCUUUCUUGCCAUUGAUUGUGUCAUGGCGUCAAGCUGGGUCAUCAUACAAGCAAUAAUUCUCAAAAAGUAUCCAGCAGAACUCAUUGUUGUGUUCUUUUAUUGCUUCUUUGUUGCUAUCCAAUCUGGAAUCGUGACACUUAUUGUAGAAAGGGACCUAAGUGCUUGGAGUCUGAAGCCUACAUUGAGGCUGCUUGCAAUUCUUUACUCGGCAAUAUUUGGUUCUGCCCUCCAAGUUGGCCUUUGCUCAUGGUGCCUGCGAAGGAAGGGGCCUGUUUUUGUUUGCAUGUUUAAGCCUUUGGGAAUUGCCAUAGCUGCAAUUGCAGGUGUUGUUUUCUUUGGGGAUACAUUAUAUCUUGGAAGUUUGCUCGGGGUGAUAAUAAUAGUUCUUGGCUUCUACUCUGUUAUGUGGGGAAAGUCUAAAGAAGAGAAGAAAAUUCAUGCUGGUCACUUCAGUAGCUUAGGGUUUCCCACCCAAAAGAUGCCACUGCUGGAAAAUUAUGCUGAAGAGACGGUGAAUGCUGCUGCUUAAAAAAGAUGUCAACUUACGUCUUGCACAAAUAGCUACUGAAGCUUUCUCAGGAUAGAGAAAGAGAUGAUAAUAAAAGCAAAAAGGUAAGAAGAAAUGUCUGCAUUGAAGUGGAAAUUUCUUCUUGAAUAAGUCCAAGAUGAUAGUGCAUUAUCCUCAAUUGCUAGAUAAAAUGAGACAUUUGAAUCCAAAUGGCCUUUCGUACCUUUCCGCCUCUUGGACAAUUUCCUAUCCUUUAGAAAUUCCAAACUAUAAAAUAUUACUUUUCCUGUCUAUUCCUUUGUCUGCAGUCUGUACGAUAUUAAUUUAAUUUGUUUGUAAUAUGUUUGCAUACUUGUCAUAGAAAAGUACUCCUCUAUCUAGUAAUAAAAGUCAAGUAUACUAGUUGAGAUUGUGCAGAUAAUAUUCACGUUCUUAAAAUAGAAAUAUACUUGUAUAUAAUUUUGAUUUUCAAACAUGUAUCCACUUAUAUGGAGCUGAGAGGAUUGGAAGGGGAUAACUAUGUACAAGUAUUAUGAAAGGAUUUUGUAGUGAAUUUUGCGGCAUUCUUGAUUGUAAGAGGUUUGGAUAAUGUGUCAAUUUAAUUCGGAAAGAUGGAAAUCUUGGUUGAUGUCGGGGUUUUGCAACUUUACAGAGAUUGAUUAACGUAAAAGCAGAUCUAAUAAAUAAAACUUUGA